UUCAGUUAAGAAUCGAUUUGGGUUUACAAAAGUUCGACUAAAAAUCAAUUUGGGUUAAAUCGAUUUAGCCAAAUCAAGUUCGAUUUUAUAUAUAUAUUUCGGGUUAGAAAUGACUAGGGUUGAUCACUAUUAAAUUUAGAUAAUCUAAGUCAAUAGUUACAUAUCGGUAACUAAAAUCAUGCUUAGUUUGGAUCAUAUUUAAAUAGCUCUACUUACGACCUACGCAUUGGUGAUUAACUCUAAUAGACAAAUGAGCUCGAGUAGAAUACACUCAGCAUAUAAACAGGGCACAACAACCAAGGCAAAAAUAAAGAUACUCCAUGAUAAUAGCCAGAGUGAUUAAAUAGUACUUACCAAAAAAUCAAAGCAGAAAACAAAAACAGGGCACAAAUUAAGGGAAACAGAACUGACUACCGAGACCCAAGCAGGGUCCGCAUUCAUUAUUCCCAGCUGUCUUACUCUACUCUUUCCCAUGUGACUCACCUUCCCCUUCAGACCUCAUCUUUAAUGCUUCCUACAUUUCUUCACCAUUCUUUUUCCUUCACUCAUUCUCCUCCUAUUUCCUAAACAACAAUGUCAUCCUCAAAACCCCUUAUCUUUUUUUCUUUCAUUCUGUUUAUGAUCUCCUACAUUAGCUUCCACUGUACCCCAGCUACAGCUCUCAUCACUGACGUUGGAUUUGACUGGGCUUCAUCAUCAUCUGCAAUAUCAAUGGUUUAUUCUGAUGAUGAUUUUGUUGAUAAUCAGCUAAAUAAUCUUGAUGAAGAAAAUGUAAUUAGUAAAAGGAGAUCUCUAUACUGGAAUAGAGUGUACUACACAUAUAUUUCUUAUGCUGCACUCUCAGCUAAUCGUGUGCCAUGCCCUCCUCGUUCUGGUAGAUCUUAUUAUACUCAUAACUGUUUCAAAGCUCGUGGACCUGCUAAUCCUUACCAUCGUGGUUGCUCUUGUAUUACUCGUUGCCGCCGUUGAUUAUCUUCUCCAUUUAUUAAUUAAGUGCUUAUUUAAUUUGUUUAGUGUAUUAUUAGUAGUAGUAUUUUAAUCAGAGGUUUUACGGUUAAUGUUAAGGGUUUUAAACAAUGUUAAAUUACAAAAAAAUCUUCUAUGUAAUAUCAUUAAAAGAAAAUCUUUUUCUUUUGUGUGUUGUGAUUAUUAUUGCAAGUUUUUAAGUAGCUUUCAAUUGGGGUCCUCGUUUGGUUGUUGAGGGUUGAUUUAUGCUUAGUACUUUUGUGUAAAAUUGUGACAUUAUAAUGCUCGUAUUUUAAUCAAAAUAAAAGCCUCAAGAGGUUAU